UUUGGCCUCUGGACAUUAUGCUGCCCUCGGAACCCUUUUAUCUGGUCCGUCACACAAUUUAAGAAAAAGAAAUCAAAUAAUUAAAGCUUGGGGGGGAAUAAAAGGUAUUUCUGCUAUACAAAUGUCAAUAUAAUUAUAUAAUGUAACCCUAAUGAUAUAGACAGAGAGUUGUCCAUCAUCACAACUGUGGAGGAAAGAAAAGUGGAUGUUAAAGGGCACAUUUUGUUUUGAAAGAAAUGGACAAGCAAAUAUGUUUUGUCGGUGAAAAGCAAACCUGGGUGUUUCGUUUCACUAGGUGGUGCUGAGAGUCAAGGAAAAAGUCCAUUAUGGAGCUGUGUUAUAGGAGUAGGCCCGUAAACUGUAGGAGCUGAGUGGACAGAUGAGUGCCCACAAAGCUGCCGCGCUUCGCUUUUAAAUUCACAACACUUAACAAAUUCAACAUCAUAAUUGUUCGAACUCAUUAGUGGUUUUACUGUUUUUCGCAGCUGGAAAUACAUAAAAAAAUGAUCACUUUAGAUCUUUUCUUAUGUUUAGCCUCUAGACUAUGUAAGAUUAGGGUUUUUAAUGGGCCUGUGGCUCUUAAAACUGGGUCUGGUUUAGGUGUCAAACAAAGCAUUGCCCCAGAUGAUUUUCUGAAAUUUUUACAAGCAAAGUAAAAGUUAAACAAAUCACAAACUAUAAUGUAAAGGAUCUGUAUUAAAUGUAGGAUAUUCAAGUCCAUAUUUAUUUAGGUCUUACUGUUUUUUGAAUCCGCUGAUCUGAAUUGGUCCAGAUGGCCUAAAAAAUAAAAACAAUUAAUGAAAUGACCCUUUGCUACACUGACGACCUUAGCACUGUGUUGUUUCCAUGAUUUGUUUAACAUACAAAUAGGAAAAUAUUUUCAAUUUCCACCUGGAAUUACAUAACUGAAAUAAAUCAAGAAUAACUCCAGAGGUAUGAAGUCUAAAUGAAAACUGUUGGUACCUGUAUAAAGGUGAGAAAUAAAAGAAUAAUUUUCCAGUGAAACCACUAUUGCAACUCUUACUAUGACUGAUUUACUUGUGAUUAAACAAGGACAAAAUCCUAUUUUUUUAACCUCUUUUUUGCAAAAAGAGAAGGGUUUUACAUUGCGUUUUGUUCAGUCACCUCUGAACAAAAUUUCAUAAAUAAUGAAAUUUCCACACAGAUAAGCGACACUUUUUGUUGACACGGUUGAGCCUGAAUGACUGAAACUAUUUGCCUUUAAGGACGGUGAUGGCAUUUAUGCCUCGUGCUUUCAAGAGUGACGCAACGUGAGCCAGAAGCCCAUCCAGUUCUGGACAUUUUAGCAGAAGUCUGGAACAAACCUUCACCUGACAACACCUCAGAGCUCAGCUCCAGAAGCAACAACGUCCCCUUCCUUCUUCAUCCUCCUGCUGCUGCCUCUGAUCUCAGCUCAGAGUUUUCACUAUGGUAGCUGUCCUACUCCAGCUGUGCAGCCUGACUUUGACCUCCAGGAGUACAUGGGAACCUGGUAUGAGAUAGAGAAGAUCCCUUCUUACUUUGAUAAUGGAAAGUGCCUUGAGCUAAGCUACCAAGGAGGCAAAGGCGAGAAGAUUGUGGUAGAAGGGACGGCUAAGAUUUUGGACCCUCGUGAACCAGGAAAACUUGGAGUCAGCUUUUUCUGUGUUACCCCCUACAGUCCAUACUGGGUUCUGACUACUGACUACACCAAUGUAACCAUUGUGUAUUCCUGCACUGACUUCUUGAGUCUUUUCCACCUCAACUUCGUCACUAUUCUGUCACACUCGCCCUUCCUGCCUAAUGAGAUGGUGCAUCAUGCCAAAGAGCUGCUGAUGAGUGAAGGAAUUGAUGUUUCUGAGAUGGAGCCAACUAAGCAGGACUGCCACGAGGACCAUGAGGACCAUCACGGCAGUGAGGAAGAAUGAAAGCUAGGGCAUGAUAUGUAGGCUUUUGUUCUUUUAUGCAAUUGCCUGCUGAGUUAAACCUUUAUACAUUACAAAUUCCCCAGAAUUACUGUGUUUUUAAUCUUUGUUUCUUCUUUGAACUAAUCCGGAUUUAGAUCUUUUGACUGCGAUUUAGGUUUACAUUGUCUUCACCCUCUUCCCAGGUUUACUUCGUGUGGUCUGGAACUUUAUGGAAAUGUAAAAAUCCUGUGAAACAAUUAACCUUUGAUUCUGUAGGAGCUAUAUACAUGCAAUUCCAAAAACUGUAUGAUCUAACAAUGC